AUGCCACCAACUACUUUUGGAUUUUCUAAUCUCCUCAACCCAGACACCUCGCCAGACUCAACUCCCUCGACCCCCGGGGACUCAACCGCUUCAAUGGCUUCCUCUGUAAGCCUGUUGCCGCCGCUCAUGAAGGGUGCUCGUCCUGCGACCGAGGAAGUCCGUCAGGAUCUCCCCCGGCCUUACAAGUGCCCUCUUUGUGACCGUGCCUUUCACCGCCUGGAGCACCAGACAAGACACAUCCGGACGCACACCGGCGAGAAGCCCCACGCCUGCCAGUUCCCUGGCUGCACAAAGCGGUUCUCGCGCUCCGAUGAAUUGACUCGUCACUCGCGCAUCCACAACAACCCCAACUCUCGCCGCAGUAACAAGGCUCAGCAUUUGGCUGCGGCCGCCGCGGCGGCGGCGAGCCAGGAUGCGGGGAUGGUCAAUGCUGCCAACAUGAUGCCGCCCCCGAGCAAGCCCAUCACUCGCUCCGCGCCCGUGUCGCAAGUGGGAUCCCCCGAUGUGUCCCCGCCGCACUCGUUCUCCAGCUACGCCAACCACAUGCGCUCAAAUCUGGGACCGUACUCGCGCAAUACCGAGCGUGCCUCGUCGGGCAUGGAUAUUAACCUCCUGGCCACGGCCGCCUCGCAGGUCGAGCGCGACGACCACAUGGGAUUCCACGGCGCACGCGGCCACCAAAUGUUCGGCUCUCGUCACGGUCACGGCACUGGCCGUGGUCUGCCCUCGCUCUCGGCCUACGCCAUCUCCCAGAACAUGACCCGGUCGCAUUCCAACGACGAUGACGAUGGAUAUGGCCACCGGGUCAAGCGUUCUCGUCCCAACUCGCCUAACUCCACUGCUCCUUCUUCUCCUACUUUCUCUCACGAUUCUCUGUCCCCGACUCCCGACCACACUCCCUUGGCCACCCCGGCACACUCGCCCCGUCUGCGCCCUCUCGGCGCCAGCGAGCUGCACCUGCCGUCCAUCCGCCACCUGUCCCUCCAGCACACGCCCGCUCUCGCGCCCAUGGAACCUCAAGCCGAGGGUCCCAAUUACUAUAGCCCCAGCCAGGGACACAUGGGCUCGACCAUUGCGGACAUCAUGUCAAAACCCGACGGCACACAGCGCAAGCUCCCGGUUCCUCAGGUUCCCAAGGUCGCGGUGCAGGACAUGUUGAACCCGGCCGCUGGAUUCUCUUCGAUGAACUCCUCCGCUAAUAACUCCGUGGCGGGCGGCGACCUGGCCGACCGAUUCUAA